ACGCUCGAGUUCAAAUAAACGGUAUCGUGAAGACUUUCAUGAAUCCAUGCUAUAGCGAGUUACUAAGGCACAAAUUAUGAUUUACUCGUCAUGUAUAUUCUUCUUUCGUCACAUACUCGAUCAAUAUCAGAGAGGUGGAAAGCGUUAUAAAAGCUGAUGUUUUUAUUAUUGUGUAUCUAGAAGUCUCGUCGGAACCUCACCGCGAAGUUUUAAUCGAGUAUCCAAGAAACCAACGACUCAUGAUGAAUCGAAGCUUAUUACUGUUCGCGGUAUUGCUAGUUCUACUAACCACCGACACAUCCUCUCAGAUGUUUUACAAAAGUGGCAACUGUCCGAUGAGGAAUACCGUGACCAAUUGCACUCCUAGAUGUAUAGGAGAUGCACAGUGUCCGUAUAAUCAGAAAUGCUGUCCAAACAAAUGCGGCCACACGUCAUGUGCCAACGUAAGCCCAGUCAAUACCGGCAGCGAUGGCGGAUACAAAGGCUCAAGUAAUAAUGCCGUUUACUGCAAUGGAGUGAGGUGCGCCGCAUACGAAAAGUGCCAAUAUGACCGCAAUACCAGACGCGACAAGUGCACGCGUGUCUAAAUACAUGAAUUCUCGAUCAUUGUUACUAUAUGGCAAACGGGUAUCUGAUGAAAUUUGAUUCACAAAUUACAGAAAAAGAACGUACUAAUUUCUUUUUGACAAAAAUGCGAAAUCGGCAUUUCUUUCUAAUUUUCUUAUA